CCGGUCCCACUUACCAGUUGCAAUCCUUUUCCUCCUCUUAUACCCUUGCUUCCCACAAACCCUAGCCGCUAGAUACCCGUGCAGCCCUCCUCCCCGCCGCUUCUUCUCCCGCCCGCCGCCGCCGCCUCCGCCUCCGCCUCCGCCAGUCUCCUGGUUGAUUCCGGCGCCUUGAACCAAGAUGUAUCUCCAGUACUACAUCAACGAGAAGGGCGUCAAGGUGUACACCACCAAGAAGGAAUCCCCUCUCGGUGUGCCGACGCAGUCUGCCCACCCAGCUCGUUUCUCCCCGGAUGACAAGUACGCCCGUCAGCGUUACCUGUUGAAGAAGAGGUUUGGAUUGCUGCCAACCCAACAGCCAGCACAAAAGUACUGAAGCACUGGAUGGGUCCUCCUAAGAGAUCUGUUUUCUUUGCUGAAUGCUGUUUGGAGUGUAGAUUAGCUAUGUGAAGAGAGAAUCAUCACCGCUACUUAUCUUGCUUGUUAUUGCAGUACCUCUAAAUGUAAUGUUAUGCUAUAUGAUGGAUCGUACUCUUUUGUACUAUGUGCUCUCUGUGUGACUAAAUCAUUUGGGAUCUACCUUGCCCUGAA